GCCAAUGACCAGAGCCAACUACUCAUCCAAUUUGUCUCUAGCUUUCAAUCCGACGGGGUCAUGAUUUUCGAUGCGCUUUGUUGUCCGUGGACGUUGUAAGAGAUAUCGAUACGCGAUCUCUCAAGAGGUGAAUAAACCGGACCAUUGUUGAAUGGUUGGUUUUUGAAACGAUGAAUAGGCUGACUAUUGUUAUCUCGACGGAUCUCGGUAAACAACAGAUGGAUGGCUUCUUCAUGUGACUUUGACCCAUGAUCAUUUCCAGCAUGAAAAUCGGUUAUGCUUUGUUUUAUACUGUGUACAUCUUUGUUGUUAUCCUAUCAGCAUGCGAAAUAAAAGAUACCAAAACUAUUUCAAGCAAGAUGGCCGUAUUUAUACUUGUAGUAUCUGUCAUUCUCAGUUACUACGGCACGACGAUAUUGUCUCACGGGCCUUUCAGGGACGGCACGGCCCAGCGUAUUUGGUGGAUCAUGUCAUCAACAUUUACAUAGGCGCCAAGGAAGAGCGUAUGCUGAUGACUGGAAUGCAUACCGUGGCCGACAUCUAUUGUUCCAUAUGCGAAAUGAAAUUGGGCUGGAAAUAUCUUCACGCCUUUGAAGAAUCCCAAAAGUAUAAAGAAGGCAGAUGCAUCGUUGAGAAGGCGAGAAUCAGCAAAGAAGUCGUCUUCGAUUUCUGAAGUAAAAUAGGAAACGAUGGCAACCGUGUCACGUUGCGCCGCUUCUAUUUUCCGCCCCACUGAUCGGUUAUUGCAACUCCUCAUCUUUUUCCUACUUGCUAUUUUAUUCGCCAAUCCUUUAUCGCGAAAACUACAGUUAGAAUAAAAU